AGCAAGACGCGCAACCUCCACACCGGCGCCUCCAAUACCGAUCGCAGGACGAUACCAUCCGCUCACUGCGACCCGCGCGCUCACCACGGCCUCCCCGCUGAUGCUGUUGCAUUGCGAUGAAGGCCGAUGGUGAUGAGGAUGGCGCGCGUCGACGGCGACGCCAACUUCAACUCACCCGUCGCGGCAUGCCUCGAGACCGUCGCGCAUACAAGCGUAUGACGGCGACUGCAGCGCCGUGGGCAUGAAGCAUGCUGGCACAGAAGCAUGAAGCUCGUCCAGCGUCUGCAGCAGCCUCGCAGCUGGUUGCCUUGACUGUCCUUAUCGCCGUGUGAGGCGGCGCAUGACUGCACAUAUUGCUGCCGUCGAGUCACAUGGACGCGCGACUCGAUCACGAGCUGACAUGUCUUGCACCACAAGUGCAGUAGUAGCUUCUUCACACACGAUACGACCCGCGAAACGCGCAGUCGUGACCGAGACACCUCCCGGCGAACCACGCCGACCUUGUUCGCGUUCCCCAGCGUUUAGAGUACCUACCCCCCGCCCCGCUUCACUUGUUUCAAGAAACAAUCGUAAUGGCAUCAAUCACGAGCAAGCGAAAGCGCGACAGUAACGACCUACCACAAGCUCGAAUUGGUCCCGGUAUGGAAGCCAAUCAGUUCGAGUCGCAUUACAAUUUACCCGACGACGAUGGAAUGGGCCAUCACCAGAACGAGAUGGCCUUCCAGGCACUGGCUUCGCACAACGCAGACAUUGGAGAUUCCGGAGACAUGCAACACCAGCAGAACCACGGCGAUAUGCAUGCACACCACCACAUGGGACCACAGCCCGGACAGAGCGCGAGCGAUACGGCAGCGGCAGCCAUGGCGCAAUACCACACCAUGACUGUGCCCCAAUCGACGGAGCAGGCCUUCCAGAAUCAAAUGAACCAUGAGCAGUCCGGCGAGAGACCCACGAGUAAUCCCAUGGAUCAAGGCAACAUGGUUGGCCAGCAGAGGACACCGAGUUUCGGCGACUUUGACCAGAGCGGUGCCAACGAUGGCAUGGCUCCUCCGAACGGCGCAGGAUCCCCGACUGGAAAGGGCGCAAACAAUGGGCAGGGCACGCCCAAGCCUCAAGUAGGCACUGAAGAGUGGCACAAAGUUCGACGAGACAAUCACAAAGAGGUCGAGCGUAGAAGGCGAGAGACCAUCAACGAAGGCAUCAACGAGCUUGCCAAGAUCGUGCCGGGCUGCGAAAAGAACAAAGGCUCAAUUCUCGCUCGCGCAGUUCAGUUCAUAACACAACUAAAAGAAAACGAGACGCAGAACAUUGAGAAGUGGACGCUCGAGAAAUUACUGACCGAGCAAGCCAUCGCCGAGCUCAGCUCCAGCUGCGACAAACUCAAGGCCGAAUGUCAGCGUGCCUGGGCCGAGUGUGAGCAAUGGAAGAAAGCUGCGGAGAAUGUUGGUGUACACAUCGACACGGAUGCUAAGGAACCAGACGAGGCCUAGCCGGUAGGCCAUGGGGAUGGAGAUGGGAAUCCGCGGCGCUACUUUGUAUGCUUUUUCAGACCCCAGACUUUUUUGCUGACCCACGACCCGAGUGAUGAUGAUACCUUUUAUAUCUGUGUGAGUGCUCCAUCAUGGCACACUAUCGCCAGCACGAACACACACAGAGACACGAAUGGCGUUUUUACUGGGACGGGUUCAUGAUACACCAGGAGCUUGUGCUUGCCCUGUAUUGCUUCGAUUGGAGAAUCUGAGAAUAUUUCAUUUUCAUUUUCCCGUAUCUAGAGUUGUGAUGGAUAGUUCACAUCACGACUUUCUUUUUCUGGAAACUGAAAACCGAACUGAGAGUGUCCGUUUCCGGUCGUUUUCGCGUAAUCUGUAUUCUCAUGUUACAGGUGGAUCUGCAAACAAAAAGAAUGCGAUCCCGUCACCCUCCCAACGCCGCGCUCAAUGCCAUGUUUUGGUCCCUCUCAACCUCACAGGGACCAUUAAUGGAAGACCAUCCAAGUCAUGAAGCUGUCUUGUUGCCAUAACCUCAUCCAAAGUGCCUUCCUUGCACUACGUCUAGUAAAAAGACUCGACCAUGGAGUUCUUGUUCUGCUGGAUCGUGCUGGGUCCCAUUCCCUCGCCCAAUUUGAACACGGACUCAAUCACGCUCAGCUCCGUCGCAGUCGUGUCCAGACCGGUCACGGCCAUCCAGUCAUUGACCACCAUGCCAGCGCCCACGACGGGACUGCCGCGAUUGACACUGCCCGCUACCAGCGGCACUUGCAGCAGACUCGACAGCUCAUCCUGAUCCUGAAUCGACGUCUUGGGAUGCACGAUCCCGCCUUGAUUCGACAGAGACAUGUAUGAGCCCGUCAGCACAUUGUCCGCAAUCGUCUGUCUGAACACUUCCACGCCGAGCACAUCGGCUAUGAUUUCCUCCGUCUCGCGCUCGAGAUCGGGAUGUACAAGCGCCACAUGGUCGUUUGCGCAAAUGACGUUGCCCAAUGCUGAUAGUCGCUCUUCUAUUCUCUGAAUUUUGACUUCAUCGGGAAUCGAAUUGCGGAGAUGUUGGAGUUCUUGGUCGGUGGUGGAUGUGGGUACGAGAAGGCCUUUUUUGUUGCCCGCGGUGAGUCGUCCGACGAUGCGUGUGCCGGCAAUGGUGCAGUGGCAGAUGGGAAUGACAUCUUGCAGCUCGGCUUCGAAGACGGAGUAGAAGUUCUCGGAGGCACCGACGGCGACGAGGGCGUAUGAGUUGGUGAGCGUGGAGAAGACGCCGACUUCGUUGGAAUUUUCGAAUGAGGCACGGACUGCCAUGAUUGCGGUUGUGGUGUCGUUGCUUGUGAUGGUUGUGUUUUCCAAUGCGGCGACGGAGGCUUUCAACUAGGGAGGUAUAUUGGGGCUCUCAAUGUGCUUGCGUUGAUGCUGAAGGUGCUCUGACGGAAGUUUUGAAGCUGAUGCCCGCUGAGGUAAUAAUGGCUUGCUAGCG